AUGGCAUUUAACGCUCUUGAAGGUUUGGGUUUAGCCAAGCCCAUAACCACUAUGAUUACGAUGAUGAUGCAGAAGAAACCUGUGGUUUUAUACCACUAUCCAGACAAAGCUUUUGCAGUUUUAGCAGCUCACCUCUUCUUCUUUGCUACUUGUCUUCUGGUGAUGUUCUUCCGCAACACCGUCUGCAACCCCAUCGCUUCCAAUCAGCUCCCUCUAGCCAUAAUCAGCAAUAUUUACCUUCUAGACUUCGUGGAUCCGUCUGGGUUUGUUCAGGAAAUCUCUUCCAAGGUCAGCAGAGUGGUGGUUUUGGAUCACUACAAGACCGCAGUGGAUUGCGGUGAGAAUUCUUGUUCAGUUGGUGAGAAUGUGGAAAGGGUUAUUGAUAUCCGGAGGAGUGGAGCUACUAUUGUUUUUGAUUAUUUCGAGGAAAGAGCUGGUAGUGGUCUAAAAGAUUUGAAUGUUGUUUCGAUGCGGGUUUGA